AUGCAAGUCCAAUCCCUCGCCGCUCUGACGGCCUUAGGUCUCGCAGGCCUCGCCAAAGCUGGUCCGAAUCCUCUUCCAUUCCCUGAGCCUGGCAAUGGUGCUCCCUUUACCUGUCCUGCAGUUGCCACCCAGACAGUCUUUGUCACAGUUGGCUCUGGUAUCAACCCAUUUCCCCCUGUUGCUGUUCAGACCAUCACUGCAACUGUUUGGCCCUCAUUCGAGCAGUCCCAAGCAUCGCUUCCCCGUCCCACUCCUGUCCUAACGGUUACAAUCGAUUCCUAUGGUCCCCCUCUCGGUGGUUCUCAAUACACUGGCCCCAAACCCUGGGAAACUCCUGUUGUCACUUCUACCGUCAUUGUUACAGCUUCUGCUGCCUCCGUUGUCAGUGAUCCUGGAAACGCCGGCGGCAACCCUUCUGUUUCUACCAUUCAAGGCGGCCAAGCCCCUCCAGCUUCUCCUGGGGAUAAUGACCAAAGCACACCGACUGUCGUCACUGUCACUGCUGGACAAACAACACCUGCUCUUCCCUGGAACCCCUCGGGACCUGGCGUGAACACCAAUGGUAUUGUCAUUUUCACCACCACGCUCUAUCGUGCUCGGCCUGGGUCUGGCACGCCAACUGUCGACACGCUGGUGACGUGCUUCACUGUCACUUUUCCUUCUGCCACCGGCACCAACCCUGCCGGUCUCCCCAAUGGAGCUGGUCCCGCCUCCGUCAGCACUGUCAUCGUUCCCACAAUGGUCCCUGGCCCUGAUGGAAUCUUGUCCUACUCUCUCCAGACUCUGGUUUCGUCUAUCACGCCUGGUACUGUUAUCCCUUCGGCCCCAGUCGUGACGACCACCUACACGCUCCCUGGCCCUGGCUCAGCGGUUCAAAACCCCACAUCCGUUGUACCUGUCGUCGCCACCCUCACCCUCACUUUCCCUCAACCACUGACCUCAACCAUUGCCUCACAAUUGUCAACACCCCUUCUCCCGGCUGCCCCUUUCACGGUCGUUACCGUUACCCAAGCUCCUCCGCCAUCCCCACCAGCGUCAGUGGUUACUGUCAUCUUCACUUCCGGUGUUCCCCCUGUCGGAAGUAUACCAGGAGUGCCUGUCAGCGUGGUCACACAAACUGUCAUCCAGAACGACCCUAUUCCUGGUGGGUAUGGCGACUCAGCUCCACUUCCUGGCUUCCCUUCAUCUGUUGUUGCAGCAACCCCAGCGCCUGCUCCCGGUGCCCCCGGCGCUCCUCCCUCAGGACCUGCCGUUUCUGCCCCUCUUGUCUCUGCUAGCGGGAUUCCCGGCGGGUACGGCGACCUGGCUGUCUCUUCUGCUUCUAUUGCCAUGCCUGGAUCUGUUGCUUCGUUUUCCGUCAUUACUCUCUGGCCCACCGCUCCCAGUACCCUUCAAAACACCCUUCCAGGUGCUGGUGCCAGUGAGACCAAUGCAGCUCUUCCUUUGACAGGAACUGGAUCUUCUUCUUGCACAUCGACUCUCCUAAAGGUGUCCACAACAGUCAGUUCCACAUCUGUGCUGACCAGCACACUUGUGAACGUCGUCGCCGAGGCAACAACCACUUACACAUUCCCCUUUGAGUCUUUGGUUACCUCUGUCGGAACAGCCACAGUCACUGGAGGCGUAAUUGGUGGUGAGACUCUCAUUAACGGAGGUACCGUCAGUGCAUCCACAGUCAGCGAUGCCACCAUCGUUACCGCCUUGAGCUCUUUGGUUUUGAGCACCUGGGUUCAAAGCACAUUGAUCCAAAGCACUCUCAUCACCACCGGUCCUGUUCCUACACUCAUUGAGCGACGCAAUAUCGAGAAACGCCAGGGCAACUUCACUCUUACUUCUACGGCUCCCAUCCCCGUCGCAACACCCAUGUGUACUGGAACAACAGAGGUUGGAACCCUCACUUUGGACUUUGAUGACCUGCCUUAUGGGUCUGUGUACAACCCUUAUCAUCGCUUCUGGUUCUCCAAGGGCUUCAUCGUCGGCCCUCCUCCUUCGAUGCCGUAUCUACCCUCUUCUGGUGGCCGUGUAUUGGAAUACGUUCCUCCAAUGCUGUCCAACAACACCGGGAUGUUCUCCAAAGACACUGCUCAGAUCGGCAUGGGUAAGCUUGCGUCUUUGCCUUGCUUCCGAUUCAACUUUUACGGCAUGGAUCUUGGCUGUGAUGCUCGUAAGCCAGACCAACUGUGUGAUUUCACCUUCACAGGAUACCGCUGGGAUGCGGUCCAAGGCAAAGAAUUGGAGUUUGUGAGCCAAAAUGUCUGGGUGCCGUCUUGCCCUCGAAUGAACGAUUGCCCUCUCACUCCUUUCACGGCCACUGGUUUCGUUGGCCUCAGCUCUAUUCUGGUCACUCUUCGUGUUGACGGUCGCCCUCAGGUGUGGUGGAGUGAUGAUCUCCAGGUCGGCUGGAGUGACAAUGACUGCAACUCAGCUACGUGUCGUCAGCAGCCUGGCCAAAGUAUCGUCACCACCGACAAUGACCCUGUUUGGUAUUGGACACCUCUGGGUAUCAGGGUUCUCAAGCCCUCCCGAAUCCACAAGCACUUUUGA